AUGGCUCUAGCCUGGAGACAUUUGCUGAGAGCUUUGUACCUGGAGACCUCAACUCCCAGGACUCCCAAGACACGCCCUUCCCCCAAAGGAGCUUUCUGGACAUCUGUAACCAAGCUCGGUCUUCAUGCAAAGCCCAGCAUGCCUCCGUGUGACUUCACACCUGAAAGAUACCAGUCCCUUGCCUAUAAUCGAGUCCUGGAGAUCCACAAGAAACAUCUUUCUCCUGUGCUGACAGCCUAUUUCUCAGAGCCCUUGCUGCUCCACCAGGGGCACAUGGAGUGGCUCUUUGAUUAUGAAGGAAACAGAUACCUGGAUUUCUUUUCCGGGAUUGUCACUGUCAGUGUUGGUCACUGCCACCCGAAAGUAAACGCAGUGGCACAAAAGCAGCUUGGCCGCCUAUGGCACACAAGUGCCGUCUUCUUCCACCCUCCGAUCCACGAAUAUGCAGAGAAGCUUUCAGCGCUUCUUCCUGAGCCUCUGAAGGUCAUUUUCCUGAUGAACAGCGGCUCAGAAGCCAAUGACCUAGCCAUGCUGAUGGCCAGAGCACACUCAAAUAACACAGAUAUCAUUUCUUUCAGAGGAGCCUACCAUGGAUGCAGUCCUUACACACUUGGCUUGACAAACGUAGGGUUGUACAAAAUGGAACUCCCCAGUGGGAUGGGCUGCCAAUCAACGAUGUGCCCCGAUGUUUUCUCUGGCCCUUGGGGAGGAAGCCACUGCCGAGAUUCUCCAGUGCAAACAAUUAGGAAAUGCAGCUGUGCACCAGAUUGCUGCCAAGCUAAAGACCAGUAUAUUGAACAAUUCAAAGAUACUCUGAGCACUUCUGUGGCCAAAUCAAUUGCUGGAUUUUUUGCAGAGCCUAUUCAAGGGGUGAAUGGCGUUGUCCAGUACCCAAAGGGGUUUCUAAAGGAAGCCUUCGAGCUGGUGCGUGAGCGGGGAGGCGUGUGCAUCGCAGAUGAAGUGAUUAAAGAAGAAAAUCUACAAGAAAACAGCCAGGAAGUUGGCACCUAUAUGUUACUGAAGUUUGCUAAGCUGAGGGAUGAAUUUGAAAUCGUUGGAGACGUCCGAGGCAAAGGCCUCAUGAUAGGAAUAGAGAUGGUGAAAGAUAAGAUGAGCCGCCAGCCUCUUCCCCGUGAAGAAGUAAACCAAAUCCACCAGGACUGCAAACGCAUGGGGCUUCUGAUUGGCCGGGGUGGCACUUUUUCUCAGACAUUCCGCAUCGCACCCUCGAUGUGCAUCGCUAAACCGGAAGUUGACUUUGCAGUGGGAGUAUUCCGUUCUGCAUUAAUCCAACACAUGGAGAGACAAGCCAAACACAUUUCUUGAAAAUAAAGGACCACAAGCCUCAAGAACUUCCCACUUAUGUUCAAGGGUUAAUCUGCGAAAUUGCAGAACCACUGAUAUAAGUUGUAAAUGGCUGACUGCCUACCAGCCAUAUUUGUCAAC